AUGGAUUCGUCGCAGAAGCGCGAUAACCACACUCCGUCGUGCGCGGUCUGUGCACGUCGCAAGGUCAAGUGCAACAGAGUAUUUCCAUGUGCACCGUGUAUCAAGAGCGGCCUUGAAUGUGCCUUCAACGCCCCGAGGAAGAGGGCGAAGAGGAAUACCCUGGCGGGCGGGUCUCCGGCUGCGACCCGACAAUCACCUGGCAAUGCAGGUCCUUCGAGUUCCACCCACUCGGGCACCUUCCGUGCUACUGCAAUCAACGAUCAUACCUCACCAGACUCCAACUCCACCUCCAACAGCAGCACGGUGGACAGCGUUGCCAAUGGUUCCAUCACCGCCCGCCUGGUGUCGGAUGGGCGUUAUGUGAAUAACCAUUUGUGGUCUGCCAUCUCCACCGGCAAUCCUGCUGGGAGUCCCGGAUCGAAUACGUCAACCCCGCGACUAAAUGGAAACGGUUCACAUUCAGGACAUGCGGUACACGAGGACUUCUCUCGCAGCGAUGAUAUGGCUCCGGGACGAAGCUUCCUCUUCGGACCCGGCCAGCUACCAGCCGACACACCUGCGGCCAUGCAUUUUCCCGUCAAUCAUGUUGUUUUCCUAUGGCAAAUAUUCUGCGCCAACAUCGAUCCGGUCAUGAAAAUCUCUCAUGCGCCGUCUGUUCAACACAUCGUACUUGGACAGAUCGCACGCUCGGGUCUUUCUAGGAAUGAGCAGGCCUUGACAUCCGCAAUCUACUUCGUUAGUGUAGUCUCCUUGACGGACGACCAGUGUCGCAAAGAGCUUCAGGACACGCGCGCAAAUCUUUUGUUAAAGUAUCGUAAUGCUGCAGAAAACGCCCUGUCGGCUGCUGGCUUCAUCACAACUACAGACACCAACGUGCUCCAAGCUCUCGUUCUCUAUCUGGCGGCCUUGCGAAGUUUAGGAGAGUUUCAAACCGUAUGGUCGUUGUUUGGGCUUGCAAUACGCAUAGCGGGAACUUUGGGUCUGCCUCGCGAUGGUACCUCACUCAAUCUCACACCGUUCGAGACGGAAAUGCGUCGAAGGUUGUGGUGGGGACUGGUCUACUUUGAUGGAAGGAUGGCUGAGCUGGUUGGACAAGACGGCGACCUCAUGGGGAAUGACUACGAGACUGGUCCGCCAGCGAACCUGAACGAUAGCGAUCUCUUCCCGACAAUGGCUCGACUGCCCGAUAAUGGAAGGGCCCCGACUGAGGCUAUUUAUCUACAGGCAAGGGUUUUGAGUAUGACCGUCGCUCGCAGUCUCCAGAACAUCUCCGGUCCUCAAGGCACAUGGCACAAACUCCAGGAUACGACCAUGCCAACGUCGGAAAAGCUGCUCAUUAUGCAACGCAUUGAGCGGCGGUACGCCGAGGAGAUCCUUGAGCCUUGUGACCCGRCUGUGCCCUUGCAAUGGCUCUCCAUAAACACUGCUCGAACGUUUGCUGCAAAGCUGCGCCUCGUCGCAAGAGUGCCAGUGGUAGAUCUAGAAGGGGAGUGGGAAAAUGCGGACGGCUUCUCGGAGAAUGCCUUUAUCCUCAGUCAAGACUUGCUGCAGCUUCAAUUGGACCUGUGGUGCGAACCAGCCGUCCAGCAGUGGCGUUGGCAUUGGCAGGCCCAUUUCCAGUGGUACGCCUUGGUGAGCCUGUUGCGGCAAACACGUCUGCGACAGUCUGGCGGGAAUGUCACACGAGCAUGGGUGCUGAUCAAGAUGGCUUUCGAGAUCAUUAUUCCAUCUCUAGAGCUAGGUCCGAGGAAGAGCCUUCUCCUGGAUGGUAUCCAUGCCCUGCUUAACGCGGCCAAGAUGCAGCAAGACCAGCAAGCCGGAGGUGAGAAGCCGAGCCUUUAUCGACCGGUCCUACCAUCUCCAGGAUUCAAGCCUAUAGACGGCUUCAGCAGCACAUAUGGCUAUCGGUCGAGUGUUCCAGCACUGGACUUUGGACGCGUGCCAACACCGCCCAAUUUUGGGCGGAACAUUCUUGCGGAUCACCCUGAUCCCGUUCUUGGAAUGGAUCUGGAUGCCAUCGAUUGGACAGAAUUUGACCGACUGGCGUCCGAACUUURCCAGCAGUAA